UGGACACCGUGCGAAAGCGAGGCGGCUGGUGUGUUUCCGCUUACCUCACACUGAGAAGAACGAAACCGGUUAGCUUUUGGGACAAAGCGAAGGAAACGACAAAAUACCAUACAAAAAUAAGCCAUUUCGCACUUAACCUAACAUUUGGAGAAUAGUCUGUCUAUUUGAAUAAUUUGAGUCCAUGUCCCGACAGUGAGAACGAAGAGGAGGGCUUGAAGGCAUUUAGGCUUUUCGUUGAGAGCGGGCCAUCUUGUCCUUACCGAGUCCAUCUACGUCAACAAAGCUCUGCAGAAUAUCCCAGAGUGCAUUGCAAGUGCAACCAAUGCUAUGAUGAUGUAGUGCCAGCGUAGACCGUUUACCACCUCCCACCAGCCGGUGUGCAGGUUGAACCUCAGCGGACUGUAGAGCUGGUAUCCAGGGGAAAGAUGAGCGAUGGAAUGGUAUUGUGUGAGACGAGAGCCCUGGCUUCAUCUCCAGUCCACAGACUGGCUACGUCUGUACUCCUCCUCCUCGCCCUGCUCCCCCACGGACACGCAUCAGGAUGUCCUCGACCGGUGGCCGUGGUGCAUGGGGAGCUGGUGAACCAGACGGAGGCGAACCGAGGCUCCUUCCCCCCUGGUACCCUGCUGUCCUAUGGCUGUGAGCCGGGCUACGCCCCCGAUGGACCCGCCUCCAUCACCUGUACCACCUCUGGGACAUGGACCCGCCUGCCUCUACGCUGCAUCAGCACUAAUGUGUGCCCCCCUCCCACGGAGCCAGAGAACGGAGGGUACAGGUGCCACCCGUCCCCCUGCCACCGCCUCACCCAGAAGACCGUGAUAGAGUACUUCUGUGACGAGGGCUACGCUCUGAAGGGGGACCUCAAGUUCCUGACCUGUCAGAAUGGGGAGUGGGACGUACCCAUGCAGAUCACCUGCCGCCUCAGCCCAGAUAAGGAGCCGCGGUCUCCAAUGGCGAUGCCGACUCUGUCCAUCGUAGCGUCCACAGCCUCCUCUGUGGCCCUCCUGUUGCUGCUGGUUGUGCUGUUUGUUCUGCUGCAGCCCAAACUCAAGUCCUUCCACCACAGCAGGCGUGAGCAGGGUGUCUCAGGCCAGCCAGCCUCUAUCGUGGUGGAAGGGGUCCAGGUGGCCCUCCCCUCCUAUGAGGAGGCAGUGUACGGCAGCGGCGCCUCUCUCCCCCCACCUCAAGAGUCCCGGGUUCAGAUCGUCCUGUCUGAGGGCCCCCAGGGGGCCGAGGGCGGAGCAGAGGGACCGGGUCCCAGCAGUAGGUCCCAGUCCCACCAUCACAGAGACAGAGCGAGAGAUACAGAGCUGUGCCUCCCCUCCUCCUCUUCCUCCUUCCCUUCAUCCUGCCGUCACGCAGAGACAGUACUAGUCCACCAGGCCUCCUCUUCGUCGUCGUGGGUUACGGCACACGGAGGGGGUGCCCUUGCCAGACGUAGAGACUCAGAGAACAGUGACCAGCACAGCCUGCUUUCUGUCACCUCCGUAGACGACUUCUCUGAUGAUAUCCCCCUGUUAAAGGAAACCUGAAGCCCCUACAGCUGAGCAGGAAACCAAGGCUUCUACUGGGGCUUUCUAGCUGAACGAUACCACCCUACCUUAUGUCUGAACCACAGAACUACAGAAUUACCCCGCGCAGCAAAUACAGGAAUCAUGUCAAAGAAACUCAACUUCCCUCCCCCUCUACAUCUGCAACUUCUCACACGGCGCAAAGACGAGCAAAGUCCACUUCACCCCCAUUUAUUAUCACCCACAGAACUUAUACUGGACAAACCAUGUCCACCCCCAGUAUCCUCUACCCAUGUCCUGGCUACCCCUUCUGCAAUGAUCUCUAAACUACUACCCGUGUGGAGAAAAGACGAGACUACCCUCUUUCUUUCUUACUGGGAACUGACGAGCCCUUAAUUCCUCCUGUCCCCCUCAAUUUUAGAAUGGACCUCAACACAGACAGACAGACAGACAGACAGGCCUAGCUGCUUGACCCCAAUCAUCCACACUUCCCUCUAGGCCUAACUUCCUGACCCCAAUCAUCCACACUUCCCUCUAGGCCUAACUUCCUGACCCCAAUCAUCCACACUUCCCUCUAGGCCUAACUUCCUGACCCCAAUCAUCCACACUUCCCUCUAGGCCUAACUUCCUGACCCCAAUCAUCCACACUUCCCUCUGGACCUAACUUCCUGACCCCAAUCAUCCACACUUCCCUCUAGGCCUAACUUCCUGACCCCAAUCAUCCACACUUCCCUCUGGACCUAACUUCCUGACCCCAAUCAUCCACACUUCCCUCUAGGCCUAACUUCCUGACCCCAAUCAUCCACACUUCCCUCUAGGCCUAGCUGCUUGACCCCAAUCAUCCACACUUCCCUCUAGGCCUAACUUCCUGACCCCAAUCAUCCACACUUCCCUCUAGGCCUAACUUCCUGACCCCAAUCAUCCACACUUCCCUCUAGGCCUAACUUCCUGACCCCAAUCAUCCACACUUCCCUCUAGGCCUAACUUCCUGACCCCAAUCAUCCACACUUCCAAACGCUUUAUCUCAAACCACAAGGCUAGUAGCUAACAUAAUAAUGUUUUAUCGCUGCUGAUGAUGAAGAUGAUGAAGAUUGCUGUGGAUACAGACUUGUGCUUGUGCAUCUCCCUACUCUUAAUGGGGAUAAGGAGCAUCUCUCUUCAGUGAGGACUAUCUUGGUUUGGGCCUUGGCCUGGUUCGCUGGCGUUCUCUCUGGUGAUGAAUCGACGACGUCCUGCGGCGGGGGUCACGCCGGGGGCCCUGUCUGUCCACUCUGUAUGAAGCCCCUCUUCCUUUCUAUGCUGUCACUCUCCGGCGUCUUCUUGGGUCAGCCAGCGCCACUUUCGUCUUGAGGGGACCAGGAGUGACGCCGUCUGUCAGAAGACGAUGCACGUAGGAUGGAUGGAGGGAGGGAGCACAUCACCAGACCAAGCACCCGCAGGGCUACAGACAGACACUAUCACUCUAUCAUGAUGAAACAGGGCUACAGACAGACACUAUCACUCUAUCAUGAUAAAAAUAAGAUUAAUGACACGCUUGCCUUUUCGUCACAACAACCGAUAUCUGUGUUGUUAGUCACAUCAACAGCCCAUCUGCUCCCUGUUGGUGUGACUAUCUGUGGGGUUUUGUUUGGGAGGCAUCAGUAUAUUUUUGACACCUGGCUGUGAUAUUGAACAGCACACGACUGUUUCAUGGGCGAAGAGGGCUGCACUAUAUUGUUAAAUUAACUAAGGCCUUGUUGUUGUUUUUACACAAUGAAAACAUGUUUGUUUGGUGACUGGACAUUAGGUCACACAUUUCUUUUUCCAAUCUAUUUAUAUUGGCUGUAAGUUUGGGUUCACUCGAGGUGUCUGUCACUUGGUCCUGAUGUGCUAAAUGUGUGUAUGCGUGUGUGAGAGAGAACGAGAAAGUGUUUGUGUGUGUCUAUGUAACAGUAUAACUUUAGACCGUCCCCUCGCCCAUACCCGGGCGCUAACCAGGGACCCUCUGCACACAUCAACAACAGUCACCCUCCGAAGCAUCGUUACCCAUCGCUCCACAAAAGCCGUGGCCCUUGCAGAGCAAAGGGGAACCACUACUUCAAGGUCUCAGAGCGAGUGACGUCACCGAUUGAAACGCUAUUUAGCGCGCACCGCUAACUAAGCUAGCCGUUUCACAUCCGGUACAUCUAUCUUUGCCUCUGUGUACGUCAGUUAGGCGAGAGAGAAAGGAUAUGUCCAUAGAAUGGGUACACCAGAAAUAUUACCCAGGAUUCCCCGCCCUUAGUUAGAAAUGGCUUCACUCAGCUACCCUAGUUCAAAAUGGCUUCCCUCUUUUCCUGCUUUUUACAACGGUCAGAAGAACAAACAGUCAUUACUGUAAGAAUACAGUACAUCAUGUAUAUUUAAAUGUUCAAGGACUAAAAUGUCCUCCAUUUUCUGCAGAGUUGCUUCAGAAUAACCUUGUAGAUCUGUGACUUAAAAAAAAAAGCUUCAACUGAAAAAUUUUGCUCAAAACCCGGAGCAUUGACACAACUGCAACUGGUUGCAGGAUACGACAGUUAUCUUUUGUUGUAAAUGUUCAGUUCAAAUUUAAGUGAGCAGUUUUAAUGGACCUUUUGAUGAUAAAAAACCACUCGUAUACGUUGAGUUGAGGUAAUCAUCCUAGCUCAUUAAGGUUGAGGAGACACGGUCUGAGUCGAGGCUUUUUGGAAAAGUCUUUUCACUUAUAUAUUUUUAUGUUUUGGUUAUUUUGUCGGUCUUUCCCCCUGUCAUUGUCUUCAUAACUCAAACAGAGAACGUUGCCUUAGACCUGGUACAUUUUAUUACUUUGAUUUUGUUUCUGCGUGUAUCGUAAGUUUCCAUCCAUCUUUACCUGCUAUGACAUUGAAGCGUCUGUGUUUCCCAAUGGCCUUACUGUUUUGUAUUUUCUAGUCAUACAACUGUCUUGUGUUUUACGUUUUUGUUUUUGGACUUGACUAAAGAAAGUCCAUCCUUCGCUUCUCUCUGUUCACCCCAAGGCUUCUUCAGCAACUGUGAUUUUUCAAAAGCCUAAGCACAUGAAACAAAUCACCUUUCUUUCUUUCUUUCUUUCUUUAAAUGUCUAUCAGACAUUUUAAAUGUUGCGUGUUAAGGGAGUAUUUUGUUUGCGUCCAGACCACUGUUGUACAGUGUUGUUUCCUCAUAUCUCUUUGAUUCUGCAUUUCAAUGCUUCCAUGUGUUAUUUUUCUCCUCUGUACAUUGCAGUGGGUUGUGAAGAUCCUAUUUUAAUAUUUGUAUAGAGUUUAAUUUAAUUCUACCGUGUGUAUGUAACUAUUUCUAAUUAAAGCUUUUUUUGAAAACGUG